GGGCGGGGGCGGGGCCGGGGCGGGGCGUGCCGCUCCCCGCGCGCCGGUUCCGGUCUCGAGGCGGGCGCGGGCGUUCCGGGCCUGAGGGAGCCGCGGUGCCCGCGCGCAUCAUGGCCGCAGCUGCGUGGAUGCCGACGGUUUCUCGAUUGUUAGGUGCUUUCAAAAACCAAAAACAGGUGACCAGAAGUUUUGGUAGUGCUGUACAAACAGUAACUUUAAUCCCAGGAGAUGGCAUAGGACCUGAGAUUUCUGCUGCUGUCAUGAAGAUCUUUGAUGCUGCCAAAGCUCCUAUUCAGUGGGAAGAGAGGAAUGUUACGGCUAUCCAAGGACCAGGAGGGAAGUGGAUGAUACCUCCAGAUGCCAAAGAAUCCAUGGAUAAAAACAAAAUGGGAUUAAAAGGGCCUCUAAAGACCCCAAUUGCUGCAGGGCAUCCAUCAAUGAAUCUGCUUCUGCGUAAAACCUUUGACCUUUAUGCAAACGUACGUCCCUGCGUUUCAAUUGAAGGGUACAAAACCCCAUAUACAGACGUGAACAUCGUCACAAUCAGAGAGAACACAGAAGGCGAAUACAGUGGAAUUGAGCAUGUGAUUGUUGAAGGUGUUGUGCAAAGUAUCAAGCUGAUCACAGAAGCAGCUAGCAAGCGUAUUGCAGAAUUUGCUUUUGAGUACGCCAGAAAUAAUCAGAGAAGCCAUGUUACUGCUGUGCACAAGGCAAAUAUUAUGAGAAUGUCUGAUGGGCUUUUCUUGAGAAAAUGCAGGGAGGCAGCAGAAAACUGUAAAGAUAUUAAAUUUAAUGAAAUGUAUCUGGAUACUGUGUGCCUGAAUAUGGUUCAAGAUCCGUCACAAUUUGAUGUGCUUGUUAUGCCGAACUUGUAUGGUGACAUCCUCAGUGACUUGUGUGCUGGCCUAAUUGGGGGUCUUGGAGUAACACCAAGUGGAAAUAUUGGUGCUAAUGGAGUUGCAAUUUUUGAAUCGGUUCAUGGAACGGCACCAGACAUUGCAGGAAAAGACUUGGCAAAUCCAACUGCCCUUCUUCUGAGUGCUGUAAUGAUGUUGCGUCACAUGGGACUACACAAACAUGCCACAAAAAUUGAGACCGCUUGCUUUGAUACAAUCAAAGAUGGAAAGGUCUUGACCAAAGAUUUGGGAGGUAGCGCCAAGUGUUCGGAAUUCACAGAGGAGAUCUGCCGCAGAGUACAGGACACAGACUAAACUUUUCUUGUACUACUUGUAAGAACUCCGAAAGGAUGGAUCACACAAAGUACACUGUAUGUAACCUGACAUCCAUAUGCAUAUAGUUUGCUUGUCUCUUCAGAGAGCAAACUUUUUAGUUAGGGCCUCUCCAUUAAUAAAUUUAGUCCAAAUGGCUACAAAUGAUGCUUGUGCCUGCUCUCAGUGGACUUUUAAAGUGCUUAUUUAUUUUUUUUUUCUAUCUGGUGAAUAUUUUUAUGUAAGUGAAUUCUUCUAUUGCCACUGUAACUGUCUACCAUUUUCCAUUUCAACUAGAGGUUUUUACUUUCCACAAAGAAAAAUUAUGCAAAUAAACCAGUAACAGAGUUGGUGAAAUGUAAAAGCACCUUAAUGGUUAAAACCUACUUUAUUGAUCUCACUGAAAUUCAAAAGAUAGGUUUUCAGCCUAACAAUAGCACAAGAUGACCUUCAUAAACAGAAACGGGUAUAAAAUAACUUAAAAUAGCAAUUUCAUGUUAAAAACUAUGAAAAAACCAGUUUCGAUACUCUGGUGAUUCAUGAAAUACAUCCUUGCCCUCCAAGGGCAUGAAUAAAGAAAUAAAAAAUUCUAGAUAUUUAUCUAUUUGUGUAUUUUUAAAAAGUCCACAAAGAAUUAACCAGCAAGGGGGUGAGAGUUAAUGUUGAAAGUAAAGUUAUUUUCCGAACCUGUAUACCAAAAUAAUUCUUACAAGUUUUCCUUUCUGAAACACACUUUACAACAGAGUUCUAAUGAGAGUAAAUCACACAAAAUUAAUUCUGCCGUAUAUUGAGGGGAAAGUAUUAACUUUGCAAAUUUAUACUAAAUAUUUCAUGACUUCUGCUAGAAUGCUUUUUGUGCUGUACUUUUAUGCACAGUGUUCAGUGUGUCUUACUGUAUCGACUAGUAAUUUUAUUCUAGAAACUCUGAAUGUAAGGGACUAGUCCUGAACGGAUUAAGACAGAUUGAAGGUUUGGCUCUGGUGCCGACGUUCCAGAAAUACAUUUCAUCCCUAUUCAAGGGGAUCUGAGACUAAUUUUUCCCUGCUUGCUAAGCUCAAUGGGUGUAAAAGCAGGUCUCUUUCCUUCCCUUCAUCGCAUACAGAUCAUGUGAGCCAUUCUGAUCUGUGUGUCUUAAGGUAUGCUUCCAUCAGCAUACCCUACAAGAGAAUGUGUAUUUUAAAACUCAUGACUGUAGCACAGGAUUAUGCCUCCUGCCAGAACCAGGCUUCUUAAUGCUCCAUUCUAUUAAUAGAUACUACUCCUCUUCGUGACUUUCUAUUAAGAUUGUUGAGGCUGGUUGUUUCAGAAGUAAAAUCAAUUUUGAGUAACAGCUUCCAGUGCCACUCUAAAGUAAGCAUCCCAGCUUUUUUAUACGGUCUAACAACAUGUUGGAGGAGGGACAGUGAGCUUUACUCCUCACGCACUCUGCUUUUGGUGAAUAGGGCAACGUUUCUUUCCGUGUUUUACAAGCUGCUGCUUCCUUGUUUCUUAGAUUAAUAUUGUUGAAGAACUUCUGAAUUACCAUUGCGCACAAAAUGGGGAAAAAUAAACUUUUCAAAGUCC